CACCUAGAUUCCUGGGAAUAGCUCUGAAAACUCUAUUUUUUGAACUGUGGCAAUUUCGUAAUUUUAACGUUACAUUACAUUUAUAGUACCUAAAUAUGAACUAUGAACUGCUCGUGCAUGAUGCAAAUGAUGCAUUAUCUUAUUUACCAUUGGUGACUUUUGAGAUGGUUUAUUGUUGGGUAUAUUGAAUGAUCGUGCCAUUUUUUUUUUUCAAUGUUUCAUCAGUUUGGUAGUAAGUAUAUUUGUGUGGUUUUAUUGUGAUUUCAAGAGCAGAACGUGUCAAUUUCCAUCCAGUUUUACUUUCUAGUAAUUUCCAGCCAGCGCAAUGGAUAGCGAAACGUACAAAAAAAUGACCUACUCGGCGACGGAUUUGCAAUGUCUGGCUGCCAAAUCAGUAUGCAUUCGACUAGUACACGAAUGGGCCGAAGGCGAAAUGCCCGUAAUCGACGUAUGGAAAAAAGGUAACGGCUACGAUACUUGCUCGGUUCACGAUUGGUUCCUAUGGCAGUUAUAUGAAAUGCCUGUGCCUCGAAUCGCGAUCAUACCGAACCUAAUUCGAAACCAAAUCGAAGACAACAUGGCGCUGAUCGUCGAGCAAGUCAUGGUUUGGAUCCAGUAUCAUCACGGUGUGAAUUUCUUCCACGAUCAAUCAACCGAACCAACGUCUUCGUUGAGCGAAUACGUCGUCAAACUGGUUUGGAACCAUCAAUUUAAAAUCGAUUACGCAGCUACCGCAGCAAAUAUCUUGACCAAUGAGAACCUGAGUCCGUUAGAGAGGUUCAGAUUCGCCAGUACUUACUGCAUCGUCGAACAGAUGGAGAAGUUUCGAGAUGCGAUGGAUUCGAUACCGGAAUGGGAUUUUAUCACGGAUCCGUUCGUCGUUUAUUGGAGCAAGUACUUGAAGAACGAGUUGGAUACGAUCUCGGUUCCGGAAGAUUUCUCCAUCGAUACGAUUAUGUUCAUUAAGACGUCGGAAGAGUAUGAUUUUUGGCCACCGGUAGCGUACUUCUUCGAUAAAUUAGACUCGGUCAGCAAAUCCAGCAAAUUCGAACGUAUCGUCGAAUUGUACGGUAAACGAUACUUGAAAGAUUUAUUAGCUAAAUUAACAGAUAAAGAAUGGAAUCUAGCGUGUCGUAAUUCGAUAUCGAAACUGGUCCAGCAAAUCGUCCUGUGGGGUGCUUUGGACGACGUACGUUACGUUUGGAAGCUGUUCAGAACUAAAAUGGAUUCGAAGAAUUUCUGCUCCAUUCUAGAAACGCUCGUACCUCUAUCGAUGAGAAACGCCGACGAUUUCGUAAAAUGGUCCGAGUUAUUGGUGGAAAUCUGGAGCAGUGCUAGCAGCAAACUGAAGCAAUCGGCUGUCGACAUGAAACUAUGGGAGAGUAUCGGUGAAAAAUGCAUCUUCCAUAUACCGAACGAAGAAACGCAGGAUUUUCAAGCCCGUCGUCAGAUCGCCGAUCCGAUGAAAUUCAUCAGACUCGUGUUGAAGACCAUCGAAGCCAAGAAACGAUCGACGUUUUUCGAGAAGAAUUUCUGCUGGUUGAUUAUCUGGGCACCUUUUGCCGAAGUGGAUAAAUUGAUGCGAGAUUUCCUCGAACGUUAUAAUCGCGACGUUGCCAAGGUGAAAAAAGGUAUCGCCGAAUCUCCGGGAAUGGAACGAUCGCUGAUGAUAUUGUUGGGAUUUGGCGAAUUCGACGAAUUCGAUACGGCCAUUUCUUUUUAUAUACAAGGUGUAGGCAGCUUCUUUAAAGGAACCGAUGAUACGCUGGAGAACAGUAUGAUGUGUUUGAAAUGGACAUUGAUCAUGAAUACGGCCGGUCUGAGCACGAUGAGUAUUUGUUUGUAUUUCGCUGACUGGAGGUCGCUUUUCGAGUACGUGAAGAAAAUGGUCUCGUGGCAGAGUAUCGCUAUAGCUCCGGAUGCUUUUAUGAUAACGCUGAUCGAGAUGGGAUUCGUGCCUGGAGUCAAUCACUUGACCGAACUACUCAUCGAUUGCAAAAUGAAAGUUUUGCAGCAAUGUCUCGGUACGAUUUUGUCGCCGAAUGAUCACCGAUUGAAAGGUUUAAAGAAGAAAUUCAAAGAUCACAUGUUCAAGACCAUGUUCGAUUCAGAGUGGAAUGUUGAAAGGAUUUUUAAUCGAGCUGAUACGCGAGAUUUCCUGCUUUGGAUUUAUAACGGCGAUGAGAACUUGAUGAAUAAGAAUUUCAGGCAACCGCACCUGUUUCCUAAAGGGUUUCUGGUCCAUUUGAAGUAUUGCGCUUCCUUAGGUCCGUUUCAAGUCUCCAAGUCUAUGGAAGAGUUUUUAGAAUGGUGUUUUGAGACGGAAGAGGAGAGAAGAGAGUUUAAACGAGAGAUGAUUUUUAAAUUUCGCGAGUAUAAAGUCAUCGAAGAUUUGCUGACUCGUAGGAGGUAUCGUCGAGCUAUGUUGUAUUGGUUUUUCGACGGCGAUGUCAGCGCAAUUGAGAAGUUCACCGACGAGUAUGGACAUGAUCCGAUAUAUACAGGUACCUUCGGUCGUCAGGAGUUGAUGCGAUGUCUUGUAAAUGAUGAGCGAUGAACGAAGUGAUUGAAAGUUUCGAGUAUUAAUUUUAUUGUGUUUAGAAUAAUUGAUUUGUUUUGUCAAAUUUUCCUCCCAUUGAGAGAAUAUUUUUUGUGAUUUCGAAGAUGCUGGUUUAAUUUUUCAGUCAUCUUUUGAAAUUAUUUUUUUCUACCAUUUUUGAAUGGAUUUUAUGUAUUUUAAUCUAUUUUUUUUUCUUACCAUUUUUGAAUGAAUUUUAUGUACUUUAAUCUACUCGUAUUUUUGUAUUUAAAAUUUGAAGAGCCUUUCGGGACUUAGGUGGUGAAAUUCGCUCUCUCUGCGAUUUUGGCGAAAUUCACCCAAAAUGCGAGUUUUGAUGUGAAACCAUCGCCAAUGUUUUUUUGAGUCGACCUUCCUCACACUAACUCGAGUAUUGUGGCCAUAAUUUCGUUAUGUUUAGUGAUUUUUUUAGGAUCGGGGGGGGGGGGGGUGAAAAUUUCAAAAAUUCGUAGGAAAAAAAUGUGAAGAGGCCCUCGUCGAAAUUUACUCAAAAAUUUGAUUAUUUUCGGUAUAACAUACCUACUUUUUGUGGAGUUCAAAAAUCGAUGCAACAUGCUGAAAAAAAUUAAAACCCUCUUAAAAACGCAUUUCUUCGUAGUCUUAUGUUUUUCUGUGUUGAUGAAGGUCAAUAUUUUUUUUUAAAUUUGAAUUUUGAGCAACUUACAUUUGAAGAGGACACCAAAAUGGUGAUUUUUGAUUCUCAAGCCUCAAAGGAGACAUUCUUAGGUAUAUGGAUUAUGGAUCCAAUUACACGUAGCUCAUUAUUUUAUACACUUGUGAACAUUUUUCUCGUGCUUUUCUCCACUUGAGUACAUAACUCCAAAAUUGAUUAUUUUUAAUUCAUUUUAUUUUUUUCAAUUUCCUGAAAAUUCUAGCCUUUUGUUUUGAAAUUUGGGUAGGUAUUAAGUUUUGAAAAAAACAAAAAUUAUUUACACGCACUCAUAUAGAGACUUAUUUUCUGUGAAAGUUUCGAAAAUUUUGGACAACCUUUUCCGCAAAGAGAGAAUAUUGAAUUUUGAGCACGUAUGGCCUCAAUAUAAAUGUACUUGGGUUGAGGUUAGGGAAGGGACUUGAAAAAAUUUUGGGAUAGUUUUACAUCGAAAUUAACAUUUUGAGCGAGUUUUGUGAAAAUUGGAGAGAGUGGGGAUUUCACUAUAUCAUCCUGAAAGGCUCUUUAUUAUUAUGUAGUAAGUACUUAGUAGGUGCUUGAAGUGCACGAUGAUUAAUUUUAUUUUGCAUAAAUUUUAUACUUACCUACCUAAUGCAUUUUUUUGAAAUAUUUAUAUGUAUAAAUGUGUAUGCUUCUUUGUUUUAUUGAUGAUGUAAUAUUGUUUUUAUACGAAAUGUGUAAUAUACCUACAACGUUUUUAUUUUA